AUGCCAAUUCCGUCAUAUAAAGUGAACCCGGAGAAAGACGGAAAAAAAAAAAAAAGGUGGGAUGACGAUAGACGGAGGAGGAGGAGGGAAGGAGGAAGGGAAAACACAGCAUCCGAAAGCCUUAAAAAUAUUUUCAUACUUCCAGUGAGGAGGCAGUAA